GAAUAGAAGGCGCAGUCUAGAGCUACUGUACUACUCUAGAGAGAGAGAGAGAGAGAGAGAGAGAGAGAGACUAUGAAAGUUGUUGUUGGUUUUUGAUUGAAAAAAAACAAAAUUGUUUUGGUUUUGGUUUGAGAAUCUCUUAGAAUAGAAGACAUGUACAUAAACAGUGGUUCUUCUUCCAUGGGAAGGUCUUUCAAGGAAUCUCUUAAACUUCUUGAAGCUGAUAUUCAUCAUGCCAAUACUUUGGCAUCGGAUUUUCCAAGGGAAUAUGACGGUGCGUGUCUUCAGAUGAGAAUGUCAUACAGUCCGGCAGCACACCUGUUUCUUUUUCUGGUUCAAUGGACAGAUUGCAAUCUUGCUGGAGCCCUUGGACUAUUAAGAAUACUAAUUUACAAGGUGUAUGUGGAUGGGACAACUACCAUGUCUACACAUGAAAGAAAAGCAAGUAUUAGGGAAUUCUAUGCGGUCAUAUAUCCUUCUUUAUUGCAACUUGAAAAAGGUGUCACUGAUGCGGAGGAUAAAAAACAGAAGGUUGUAUGCAUGGAGAGGUAUCGUAAAAGAGAUGACGCGGAGCACAAACAAUCCUCAGACAUAGACAUUGAAAGAGAAGAAGAGUGUGGAAUAUGCAUGGAGAUAAAUAGUAAGAUUGUGUUGCCCAACUGCAACCAUGCCAUGUGCCUUAAAUGUUACCAUGAAUGGAGAGCAAGAUCACAGUCAUGCCCCUUUUGUCGUGACAGUCUUAAAAGAGUGAACUCGGGCGAUCUCUGGGUAUUCACCGAUAGUAGGGACAUAGUAGACAUGGAAACAGUGACAAGGGAGAAUCUUAGAAGACUUUUCAUGUACAUAGAUAAGUUACCCUUGAUCAUUCCAGAUUCCCUUUUUGACCCUUAUGACUCUCACUUAAGAUAAGUCACCGCAACAUAGAUUUUACUCUCCGUUGUGUUCUUCGAUGGGUGGUUCCUUUUGUUUUAGUCAUAUAAACUCUGAAUGUAGUAAUUUAGUGAAUUUAGUUUAUAGAGUUGCAGUGCUUACUUCCGCAUCUUCGAAAAGUAUCCAGCCCCGAGUUUGCGAUGAGUUGCUGGUGAAAUUGAGAUGGUAAAUUGUAUGUAGCGGAUAUGUAUAUCCUUGUAUAGAUUGAAUUACGUAUCAAGAGGUUUGCAUAUUAUAUGCCUGCCUCUUGUGAUAUUAAGGUAACCCUCCCUCUUAAAAUA